AUGUCGUAUUUAUUCGAUGAUUUGGUUGAAAUCCUUCCUCUUAACUUCAUUUCUCCAAUGACUAUUGGACUUCGGAAUCAACCAUCAGGGGUAGCAAUUCCGAUUGAUGUUUCAACCACACAAUCUCAUUACAUUAUUCGAGCUGAUGUUCCAGGCAUUUCAUUAUCUGAUAUUUCCGUAGAAGUUUCCGAUACGGAUGUAUUGACUAUUUCAGCUCAUCGUAAAAAUGAAGUGCAAAAAGAUGAGGAAUCUAAAAUUGGUGAAAGAUAUUAUGGAAAAUUUGUUAGAAGUCUUAAGUUUCCAAAGGAUAGCAUUGUGACUGACAGCAUUAAAGCUGAAUUGGCUAAUGGUGAAUUGGUUAUCAAAAUUCUUAAAAAGAAAAGUGGAAAUGAAAACAAGAUUAUAAAAGUUUUUCAAAAAGGAAAAUUGUGA